UUCUCCCCUCUCCCUUGGAGCCACUAAAACAUCUUGCCAUCUGGACAGAUCUUCUUCUUGUAACACAUCCAUCCAUUUGACGCUGCAGGCAGAGCAGAGUUGAGCGUGUGGGAGUCGAAGGAGGACAUCGAGAUGGCCACUGCAUAUGCUCCUCCCAUGGCGAGCCAGGUGAUGAAGAGCGGCUUGGCGUGCUCCAAGCCGCGGGGCAUGUCCGGCGCUUCGCUCACCCGGAGGCCCCGCUUCGUCGUCAAGGCUGUCAAGUCUGACAAGCCGACGUACCAAGUGGUCCAGCCCAUCAACGGCGACCCGUUCAUCGGCAGCCUGGAGACGCCGGUCACCUCCAGCCCCCUCGUCGCGUGGUACCUCUCCAACCUCCCCGCCUACCGCACCGCCGUCAGCCCGCUCCUCCGCGGCAUCGAGGUCGGCCUCGCCCAUGGCUACCUCCUCGUCGGCCCCUUCGCGCUCACUGGCCCGCUCCGCAACACGCCCGUGCACGGACAGGCCGGCACACUCGGCGCCAUCGGACUCGUCUCCAUCCUCAGCGUCUGCCUCACCAUGUACGGCGUCGCCUCCUUCAACGAGGGCGAGCCGUCCACCGCGCCGGUGCUCACCCUCACCGGACGCAAGAAGGAGGCCGACAAGCUCCAGACCGCCGAAGGGUGGUCGCAGUUCACCGGAGGCUUCUUCUUCGGCGGUGUAUCCGGCGCCGUCUGGGCAUACUUCCUCCUCUACGUGCUCGACCUCCCAUACUUCUUCAAGUAGAUUAAUAGGUGGCAUGCAUGUACGAUGUCUCCAGAUCAUGCCAUCUCUUCUCGGUGGUUGCCUGAACGAGUCUUCUAUGUAUAAAUGAAUUUUUACAUAUUCCUCAUAAUCUUUGGGACUAGCUUA